AUGGUCGCUAACUGCAAAGCUGCGGCAAUUAACGGCUUUAUUUGUGACGUAAAGCUCUUACGACAGCCGGGAGGCGGAGGGUCAACCCGGCGCGUGCUGACAUCAGGAAGCGGCUGCCGCGACUUCGCUUUGCCACUGCGACGCGCCGCAUACGGACAAUCAAUGAGGAUUACAGCUGCCACCAACUGCUAUGGCGACAUUGACAAACUCACACCACUUGGCAAGGGACUUCGUGACGUAGCGGCGUCCCAGAAAGCUGUUACAGAUCACAUCAAGACACUCAACAACAACAAGGCCUGCUAUGAACAGGUGGCCCAGAAAUACUGUGUGCCCGCCAGCGUCAUCGGGGGACUGGCCAGUCGAGAGUCCAAUGGCGGCGAUUCUCUCAAGGACGGGUACGGAGACAACAAGCAAGCCUGGGGCAUCCUUCAGUGCGACCUAAAGACCUCUAAUCUACCCUGCAAGACCUGUGGCGCCUACUCCUGCUGCCAUAUAGAGAUGAUGGUCAGCAAGGUUCUGGUCCCCUUCAUCCAGAAGGUCAAGAAAGAUCACCCUUCCUGGAAGCCAGAACAGCAGCUACAAGGUGGAGUUGCUGCCUACAACUUUAGUCCGAAUGAUGUAAGGACUUGGGAGCGUUUGGAUGUUGGCACCGCCAACGGAGACUACAGCAAUGAUGUCAUGGCACGGGCGCAAUUCUUGAAGAAAAACUACGGGUGGUCUUAGUUGUCUUUUCUGUUGGUAUGGCAACUGGAGGUUUACUGGCGACCCCUGGCCUCGCUUGGCUGACAUUUACCGCAAAUUGAAGCAAAGGCGCCGUCAAACACAACCAGUCACAAGCGAUGACGAUAGUUGUAUUCAGAAUAAAGUUUUGUCAAUGUA